AUGAAGGGUGUGAAGGGGAAGUUCUUGAAGAAAUUGAAGACGAUUAAAACAAUCGGCUACUUGAAACCUGAUCGGAUUCUUCAUGCUAAUGCAGCCGACGGGUUUAUCGAUAAUUUCUUUGUGAAAUCGGGCAACAAACUUGAAACCCAUUUGGUUUCUGAAGAAGAAAAAGAAACGCAGGUUGAAAAACAGAGUAGUGUUUCAGUCCAUGAACAUGAAAUCAUCGAUGUAUCGGAGCUCAUGAAGGAUCUUGAAGAUGAUGAUGAAUCCGAUUCGGAUUUUGGUGUUGGGGACAAAGAGAAUGUUCGACCCAUGAGUGACCCGGUUGCUGAUCAGAAGCUGGUACAUGGGAAUCCCAAAAGUUUUGCUUCUACCCCUUUGUCGGAGAUUGACAUCUCGUCUUUCCAGCCACCGGAUUUGGAUUCUGGCACGCUUUUUGACCCUAAACUGUUGGCUGCUUUUGAGCAGGCGGUCUUGGAGGUUAAAGCUCAAGAAACAGAGAGAAGAAACAGGGUUUUACAGAACAUUGGAGCCGAUUUAGAUCCAGAGCCAGAACCAGAACCGCCAUUGAAAUCGCUCAAAUUAGAAGAAAUCAAUAAUCCCCUUUCGGAUUUCGAGAAAAUCUGUCCGCCGGGAGGAAGCAAUUCGGUCAUUCUAUACACUACAGGGCUCAGAAGCAUCCGAAAGACAUUCGAAGAUUGCUCGAGUAUACGAUUUUUACUAGAAAGUUUUAGGGUUCUAUACCACGAACGAGAUCUAUCGAUGCACUUGGAUUUCAGAGAUGAACUGUGGCGGAUUUUGGGCGGAAAAGUGGUCCCGCCGAGGCUGUUUAUUAAGGGAAGAUACAUCGGAGGAGCAGAGGAAGUUCUACGGUUGCACGAGCAAGGGAAAUUCCGGCCACUUUUGGCUGGAAUCCCAUUAAACAUGUCUGAAGGGGUUUGCGAAGGGUGCGGCGGAGUUCGGUUUGUGGUGUGUCGUAGUUGCAGCGGUAGCCGGAAGGUAGAUUCCGGUGACGAAGGGUUGCCGGAGAAGUGUUCGGAGUGUAACGAGAACGGGCUGCUGGUAUGCCCCAUUUGCUGCUGAUUUUUUUUUGGUUCCUGUGUUGAGGGUG